GAAAAAUCAAAAGAACCACCAGCGAUACAUUCUCCUAUAUAAUAUGUGAGAGAGCUUCAUCUCAUGUCUGAUUUAACUGAACAAUUCUCUCUUUUUUAUCUGGAAAAACAAAAGCGAAAGCAUGGUUGACUCGAACCUUAACAAGGAGCAUUUAGUAACAGUGGUUAGCGAGGAUCAUGAGACACCAUGCUGGGGGUGCGGGUUGCAUCUUCUUCACCCACCUAAUGCACCUGUUUUCAAGUGUGGCUGGUGUGGGGCAAUAACAGAUAAAUAUGAGUCGAAAUGUGAUCACAAGAAUUAUUGGUGGAGACACAUGCGUGACCGUUGCUUUGUAUGUGUCCUCAUCGGCUUCAUUCUCUUUGUAAUAUGUGGUGGUGUGUGGGCAGUGUACCCUGUCAUCUUCUCUAUCAGUUAUUUUUGUGGGAUUUUCCAUCUAACCAUAACAGGUAUCUUGUCAAUAACUACUGUAUUACUGUUUACUCUUACGGCCUUAAGAAGUGCUGGAACACCACCUCUAAUAGAGUGGGGUGGCUACCCAGCUGUGGGAAAAAAACAGCUUGAAAACUACACCUUCUGUCACUACUGUUCAAAGCCCAAGUCACCGAGAACUCAUCACUGCCGUACAUGUGGAAUCUGUGUACUGGACAUGGAUCAUCACUGUCCUUUUAUUGGAAAUUGUGUUGGUGCAGCAAAUCACCAACACUUCAUUGCAUUCCUUAUAUCAGUUCUUGUCAGCACAAUGUAUGUUACAAUCAUGUCCGCAUAUGCUGUUUUGCAUGUAUGGCCUCCAUUAACAUACAGAUACCUAGACCAUUUUCGUGCUAGUGACAGAUCUUUGGCUUGGAGAGCAUUGCAGGAUGUUGCUAUUGCAUUAGUAAGCUCUGCGGUGCUCCUUUCCACAAGAGGGCUUGUACUCGUCUAUCUUUUUGUUUCCAGUAUUUCUUUAGAGAUUGGAAUAAGCGUUCUUCUGUGGCAGCAGUUCUGCUACAUAUAUGAGGGACAAACUUACUUAAGCAGCUUAAGUAUGCGGGGAGGUGACGAAGCUGGAGAAAAAGAUUGCAAAAAUCUUUUCCGUUUCUUCGGCUGCCCAUAUCCUGUUUUAAGAUUCUUGCCAAAUUUCUGGAAUUCACCCAAGAGACACGAGAAGUGAAAUGGAUACGUUGGCAGUGAAAGACACCAUUAUUUUCUGCAGAACUUAGAGAAUCGGUUCCCCUUUCUCCUUGAAACUUUUCAGUUUCUUUUGGGAUCAACUCCAAGGCGACUCAGUCUAGCCUCUUCUGAUUGCUCUUAAUUUAUUUACCAUUUUGAUAGGUAACAUAGGCAGUUGAUAUUGCAAUUCAGUGUAUUUUUAUUACAUAAUGGAAGUGAGAAGACAGAGAUAGGGAAGGUUCAAUUUUUUUGUA